AUGUCCACUUUUUGUGAUUCUGGUCAAAAAUCUUUAUGGUUAAACAGCCCAGAAUUAUUUGAUGAUAUUUACAAUGUUUGUUUUGAAUUGUUGGUUAAUGAUUUAAAUAAUGUUGUUGUUAUUCCGAGAUCAUUAAAAUGUUCACUUUUAAACCUCUGUUUUCAACAAAGAAAAUGGUCACAAGCAAAUACCCCAAAAUAUUUAAAUGUUUCAACACAAACAGUUGGGAAUAAUGGAAGGUAGUUUUUUUGAGAGAGAAACAAAAGUUUUUAUUUAAUUUUAUUUUUGUAUUUAAUUUUUUAUUUUUUAACCCUUUUCUAGUAAUUUUGAUUUUUAAAAAUUUUU